CUAAGACAUGUAGUCUCAUAUGAACACCCAACAACUCCUCAGCCGCUCCUUCGGCUUCACCGACCACAAUGUCCUCCGACGCCAUGCCGCGUCACGCCUCAUCUACGCGCUUCAACCCACCACCACAACCUUUAGUCAGCGUCCGCCAUCCAAAGACAACCCCGCCGAUCACUCCGUCGCCCAUCCAUCGGGUGUCAAUACCCUGGCAAUCGACAAAUUUGAGGGCCGAUAUCUCUUGUCCGGCGGCGCAGACUCCUCGAUCGGACUCUGGGAUCUCGAGGAACCCUCCUCCAUCUCCCACCACGGCAGCCCCGUAUACCUCCCACUAUCUUCCACGACCAAGACAUCCGAAGAACAUAAGCUCGGAAUAACACAACUAUGCUUCUACCCCUUCGACUCUCUAGCUUUCCUCUCUUCAUCUUACGACCACACCGUCAAGAUCUACUCCUCGGAAACCCUGCAAGACUCCGCAUCCUUCGAUCUCGACUCGGUAGUCUACAACAUCGCGCUUUCCCCCAUCGCAGACCACCUACUCGUCGCAUGCGCGACCCAGCACCCAGCCGUCCGGCUCAUAGAUCUACGGUCAGGAGCCAGCACGCACUCCCUCGCCGGGCACUCCGGCGCGAUUCUCAGCUGCGCAUGGAGUCCCGUUCGUGACCACAUUCUCGCAAGCGGGGCGACAGACGGCAGCGUCCGGUUCUGGGACAUCCGGCGCAGCGUCGGGGAACUCGGGACUCUAGACCUCGAAGACUCGGUCGGGGUAAUGGGGCGACCGUCCUCAACGCGCGGCUCCGUUCAAAAUAAAGCGCACCGCGGUCCUGUGAACGGGAUGCUGUGGACUGAGGAUGGAAAGCACAUCAUAACAUGUGGCCACGAUCAGAGAAUUCGCGUCUGGGACACCGACACGGGCGCAAACACUCUCGCGAAUUUCGGCCCGAUGGUCAGGAACUCUCAUCUCGCGCCGCUGAUCCCGGUUCUAGCACCCGUAUGUGAUCUGCCGGUCGAGAAAGAUGUCGUGUUUUACCCCAACGAGCACGAAAUCCUCGUCUACGAGCUCUUCGAAGGAAACCUUCUCCGCCGACUAAAGCGUCUAGAGCAAGCAAGGAAACUGAAUGAAGGCUCGUCUGGUAAAGGACGGAGAAAUGUCAAGGAUCGCAUCACAGCCCUGGCAUGGCGCGCUCAUGACAUCGAGCUCUAUUCUGCACACGCAGACGGGAGUAUAGCAGCGUGGAAACCGCGACCGACUGAAGAUGCGCUCUUAGAUGAAGAAGAAGAGCAGGAGAGGGACGAAGCCGAGAGCAGCAAGAAGAGGAAAAGAGACGUCCUGGAGGAUAUCUAUCAUGAUCUGAUGGGGAGGAAGAUCACGUUUGGAGGUUCUUGAAAUAGACUACAUGGACUGGAUUGGAUUUGAUGCGAUAAUAAUAUUGACGAUGCAGCAUCUGUCUAUCCCACUCGUAGUCUAUGUAGAUUCUGAGCAUAUGCGAAGAUGCGGUCAAACCA